GCUGACUUGUUGGAAAUGCUCGAGGAUCAUCUCUCUGAUAGCACACUGGCUGUAAAAUCAGUGGAAGGAAAAAAAGUGAAGCCGCACCAAGAAAAUACUCAAACAUUAGACAGAGGAUUGGAUUACUGAUUAUUACCAGUUUACUUCAUUGAAGGUUGUGUUGUGGCAGGACAUUCCCUGGCUAGGGCACGAGCUGCCAUGCCAUUUGGUUGUCUGACACUCAGGGAGAAGAAGGAUUACAACAAUCCCUCAGAGGUGACCGACAAAUAUGACCUCGGACAAAUUGUUAAAUCAGAGGAGUUUUGCGAGAUAUUCCGGGCGAAGGAUAGGAACACCUUGAAAAUGUACACCUGUAAAAAGUUCCACAAAAAGGAUGGAAGGAAAGUGAGGAAAGCUGCCAAGAAUGAGAUAAUGAUCUUAAAGAUGGUAAAACAUCAUAACAUCCUCCAGAUGGUUGAUGCUUUUGAAACUAAGAAAGAGUACUUCCUUUUUCUGGAGCUCGCCACAGGCAGAGAGGUGUUUGACUGGAUCUUAGAUCAAGGAUAUUACUCUGAGAGGGACACCAGCAAUGUUAUGAGACAGGUGUUGGAAGCUGUAGCUUACCUGCACUCUCUGAAAAUUGUCCACAGAAAUCUUAAGCUGGAGAACUUGGUGUACUUUAAUCGUUUGAAGCACUCCAAAAUUGUUAUCAGUGACUUCCAGUUGGCAAAACUGGAAAAUGGACUCAUUAAGGACCCAUGUGGAACUCCAGAAUAUCUUGCUCCUGAGGUGGUCGGGAGACAGAGAUAUGGAAGACCUGUGGACUGUUGGGCCAUAGGUGUCAUCAUGUAUAUACUUUUGUCCGGAAACCCUCCUUUCUAUGAUGACGCUGAUGAAGAUGACUCUGACAAUCGUGAUAAGAACCUUUUCUUAAAGAUUUUGUCAGGGGACUAUGAAUUUGAUUCACCAUAUUGGGAUGACAUUUCAGAUUCUGCCAAAAACUUAGUGGCAUCUUUGAUGGAAGUGGAACAGGAUCAGCGAUUGACUGCACAGGAAGCCAUUGCUCAUGAAUGGAUUUCUGGAAAUGCUGCCUCUGACAAGAACAUCAAGGAUGGCGUUUGUGCACAAAUAGAAAAGAACUUUGCCAAAGCCAAGUGGAAGAAAGCUGUUAGAGUGACCACCCUCAUGAAGAGACUUCGAGCGUCUGAUCAGGGUGAUUCUGGGGCCUCCGGUCUUGCUGCAGGGGCUGCAGCUGACCCCAACACACCCAGCGGCGCUCCUCCUCCUCCAGCUGGCAGCAGCGAUGGUGUUGCUGCCAGCAUAAAGGCUGCUCUUAGCGACAAGGCUCCUGACACACAGACUGCCACCAUCUCUGCACUCUCCCUGCCCAGUGCAGCCAGACAGGAAGAGCAGCCACAGGCACGGUGCAAUGGCGAUGUUCCCCAAAUGUUGCCACAAAGAAAGGGAGACUAGGCUAUAAACAAAUACAAGAAGAGGACCCUUGCCAACCAACAAGCACAUGAGCAGUAGAGCCAAUAAAUUUGGCAUGAUGACACCAUGUCUAUGCUGUUCGACUAUCCCCCAGUGUGCAGAAUUAUUUCACAACACCAUGCGUUUCGUCAUUUUUGCCAUCUGUACUGAUUGGUCUAAUGAAUAGUGUUCUACACUCUCCCUUGUUAUUUUGUGUACAAGUCCUUUUAAAGCUAGUUGCAAAGUACCUCUUCAGUUGUUUCCUUUUCCCUGAAAACUGUAAAAACUCAUGGUGUGAUUUAGUGAAAUCAACUCAUCUUUAUUCAUCAGCUCAUUGUAUAGAGGUGUAUUUGUCUGUUUCAACAAAUUGCUAGUUUUCAGCUUCAGAACUUACAACCCUGAGUUCAUGUCUUGUGAUUUAAAAUUAUGAGUUGAAAGAUUUGGUAAAUUGAUCAUAUCAAGAUUUGAAAAUAUGUAAAGUUAUUAGAAUACUUUCCUGCAUGUAUAUUUGAGUUAACUCUUCAGAAACCAUGCUUCUAAUUGGAAUACAUUUACAUGCCCAGCAUAACUUAAAAGUUAGCUAUGCUGAAAAUUUCAAAAAGAUAUAAAACCUAUAUUACGCUAAAUUAUGCUUACAAUUUAUUAGGUAACAAUCAGAUACAUAUCAUAAAUUAGUGGAUUUAACCUAACACCCAAUUCUAGAUAUCUGCAGGUUUGUCUUCAGUGCAGUACAACUUCAGUCAACUUACAAUUUUACAGCAGCAAGAAAGCAUAUUUUUAAGUUUAAGUGCCUUAAUAUUUGUUGCAGUAAUGUACUGAAAUGUUUUAAAAGACAACUUGAUUAUAAUUGCUUACUGAUUUCUUUGAAAAGUUUUAGCUGUUUUCCUUCGCUCUUUUGUUUAGUUUUACGCUGCUGUAUUGGUAAUUGUGUUCUGUCCUCUUUCACACUUAAAUUAAAACACAGAAAACUCAAUUUAGAGCAUUGUAUGUGGAGUGAUGUUUUAGCUGUUGUUGUUGUGUUGUCACUUGUAAUUAGUAAAUUUCAGAGUUUAUAGCUGAGUCCAUAUACUGUACCACUAUGUAUAUUUGCAUUGUAUACAUGUGUAUUUUUUUAUUUACGUGUGUAUUUAGCAACAUUUAGCUGAGCUAACAGGUUGCUACAACGCUUGUGAAUGAAUAAAAUGAGCAAUACUAAUA